GUACGAUCUGUUUUCUUGAGCUGAUCCUCAGGGAUUUGUGGUUUAUAUAUCGCCUCUCGAGCUUCAUUCUGCCCACCCGCAGCCAGCCGCGGACGAGUCUAAGGGCAAAGGGGUCGCUGCCUCAUGUUCUGUCAUGACAAAGACUGGCUCUCGGAGCGCGUGUUUCCGUAAGACAUUAGGAUCCUCUGAGCCAUAGCUGACUCCUCUAGAAUUUUAUCAGAGCCUAAAUCUACUAGCUUCUCUUAAUUUCCGUGGGCCUGGGGUUUCGUUAUCUUGGGCCUACUUCUCCCACUCGGAUCAUGCUGCUGUGCACCGAGCCUACUGCGAUGCACAUGCGCAGCGCACCUAUCCGUUCUCCAGUCAACGGUCUUGCGCGCAGUCCACAGCAGCUGGUAUCGCGGCGACUGGCUCUCGCUGCGGUCUUCGAGGGCAACUGUACUGUUCCACGCAGAGGUCGGACCGAAUCGGCUCAUUCAUUCAUAGCCCCACCAAUGAGCGGGUCCGAAACGUGCCGAAGGAACGUUUGGCCUCGCACGACCUAUUCCCUCCUAUGUGCUCUUUCGAGCAACAUUCGAGGCAUAUGUCAGGAUUGUAUUAUCCAGCAAGCUUCCAUAACUCCCAAGCGUUCUUAUAUGUACUUCCAGCAAGCUGAGCGAUCCCUUGUCUCAAUCUCUCAACGUCUACAACGAUGGCCUCUGGAAAUGACGAAGAAUACCCUAGCGAGGCUACAGGGCUCGCCUUGGAAACAGUUAGCAAACAUGCUGCCGACAGCGACAUCGUCCUCUUCGGAAGCUGGUUCUGCCCAUCAGUUCAGCGAGCAUGGGUAGCUGCCGAGUACCUUGGCAUCCCGUAUAAGAAACCCAAGGACCUCCUCGAGCUCUCACCAAAAGGACUCGUUCCUGCGGUUAAACUGAACAACUUCUCGCCCGCGCGGGGUCUGAACGAGAGCACAGUGAUCGUAGACUAUCUCGAAGGCCUCGGGGCAACGACGACCAAACGGUCUCUCCUCCCUCCCCGCACAGACACAUACGCACACGCCCUAGUCCGCCUGCAAGCCGACCACAUCUGCAGCGCGGUCGUCCCCGCGUUCUAUCGCCACCUCCAAGCCCAAGGACAGCAAGCACAAGUAGACACCAAGCACGCGUUCGUCGCCGCGCUCGAGCGCCUCGCCGAGCUCUUCGAGCGUGCGGAGCGCGAGGUCGGUGGUACGGGCCUGUGGAAGGAGGGCGGCGAGCUCGGGUAUGCGGACGUUCUAGUUGGGCCGUGGAUCUUCCGAGUGACCAACGUGCUAGCCCAUUAUCGCGGUUUCGAGAUGCCUAAAGGGCCCAAGUUCACAGCGUGGGUUCAGAGGGUGCUCGAGCACCCUGCAUUCAAGUGCACAUGCAGUGCGGACGACGCCUAUAUCCAAGCUUACGUGAGUUAUGCGUACGACCGACCUAAAACGAAUCAGGUCGCCAUUCCGACCACGUCUGGGAGAGGGUUUCCGUAGAGGGCGAGAAAUGGAAGCGUCCCAUGAGCCAAAAUAAAGGCGGAGUGCUGAGAAUAAUUCCUCAUGUUACUUUUCUUUUCUUUCGAAGAUGUAUUAAUAUUACACGUAACAGC